AUGUCAACCAUCAAAAUCCCUAACCACUCCCCGCCAUGGGGCGUGCAAUGGAGGUCUUCCACGAGCUUUAUUGUUGCUACGGUCUGGAUGGCAACGUUCACGGAGUUCUUCCUCUUCGCAAUGAUUGUGCCUGUGAUGCCGACCGCAUUGAUAACCCGCGCUCACGUUUUACCCGCCGACCGUCAAUACUGGUCGAGCGUUCUUCUGAUGUGUGACGCUGGGAUGGUGGUGGUUUGCUGCCCUUUCUUCGGAUUCCUAGUCGAUCGUACACGCACACGGCAACUCCCCUUUCUUUCCGGUCUUAUCUUGCUGGCCGCUUCAAUGAUCCUUCUCGCGGUCGGAAAAACGCUCUCUAUCUUCCUCAUAGCGCGGCUCCUCCAAGGUGCUGCCACGGCUAUGGUGUGCGUCGCUGGUCUUACGCUCACCACGGACACAUUCGAAAAGGAGCGAUUAGGCACCGCAAUUGGAUAUCUCGGCUCUGCCACCACAAUGGGGUUUGUCUUAGGCCCUUCUGUAGGGGGGGUCACAUACAGCAAGCUCGGAUAUGAGGCAGUUUUUAUAAUAUCUGCUGUUCUGAUUGGCAUUGAUUUUGUUCUACGACUACUGCUGAUUGAGAAAAAAGUUGCCAUAAAGUGGAUUCAACCUGGUGCGGAUAUCCUGUCCGGUGAUGAUGAAGUUCUCCUUGAUUGCGACGGCCAGCGAGUAGCUCCUGGGGGGGUCAAGGUUCUGCUAAAGCUUUUAAAAGAGCCGCGAAUGCUCAUCACGCUUGGGGGGCUUUGUGUCAUUGGGAUUCUCAAUUCGACGUUUGAUGCCACCAUGCCUGUAUUCGUGGAAUCGAGCUAUCAUUGGUCCCCAAUAGGAGCUGGAUUGAUCUUUCUCCCUAGUGCUCUAGUAUCACUGCUGGGUCCUUACUCCGGAUCUCUUUGUGAUCGUUACGGUCCCCGAAUAAUGAUCUUUCUAGGGUUUCUCUUUCUCGUACCGACGCAAACCUGCCUUGCUUUUGUCGGGCACAAUUCUUUUCUUUGCAUCAUCGCCCUCAUUGGCCUUAUGUGUCUGAGCGGUCUGUUCACAAUUACAGCCUUGCCUUCCUUAUAUGUGGAGUCUCAGUCUGUGCUAGACGAUAUGGAACGAGAGAAGCCUGGUGUUAUGGGCUCGAAAGGUGCCGUUGCGCAGGCAUUUGCUCUGCAGACCAUGGCUCAGUUUAUCGGGUUAUUCCUUGGUCCCCUGUGGGCCAGCUUUAUCAUGUACCGGUUUGGAUGGGCAAUCAUGUGCUGGACGCUGGCCUUUUUUAGUUCUUGUCGCUGCAGUUUCAGCGCUCUGGCUAAAUGGCAAGCCUCCAGAUCACGGGGAGGGUUCUAG